AGGAACAGUACUUGAAGAUUAAGUUCCAUUUUUUUUAAUGUGUACGUACUUAGGUGAUAAAUUCACAAGCCUCCACUGGUCACAUCCUGUUUAUGUCUUCUUUGUGUUCUGUAAGUUUACAAAGUGUGAACCCAACAUGUGGUUCUUCAUAGUCAUUGUUCUGCUCCUGUUUCCCUUCAGUUUGCAAGAAGAGUGUCUCCACACCCUCUUGAUGUCCCAUAAUGGGUACGUGAACGUGACGCUUGGACAGCACUUCAACCUGACCUGCACAUUCACCUGCUCCACCGUGGCAGACAGAGUCCAGAUGUUGAAAGGCCACUGGCUGCUAACUGAGCUGAGUUUAUCCAGAGACUAUCCUGAGUCUAAACACACCAUUGUUCUAUUCCUGCUCAUUUCUGCGGUCCAACGCAACGACGCUGGACAGUACAUGUGCCAGAACGACCAACAGGAGCUCUUGUCCUCUGCCACGCUCAAAAUUGUGGAUAAAGACGAGUACAUGGUAACAGACAAGGACAAUAUUACAGUGGAUAGAGACGAGCACAUGGUGACAGACAAGGACAAUAUUACAGAAACCCCCAUCUCAGAAGUGAAAUCCACCUGCAGCACAACUGUUUCAUGGAACGCUCCUCUGUGGUACUUAUUGUGCAAGAUGGUGCUUUUCCUCAUCUGUUCACUGAUUGUGGUGUUGAAGAAAGCCUGUUCGAACCCGUGAGCGACGAUUCCUUCGUCAGCAGCCACCUCGGGCGCCAUUAAACUCUUAAAACUCCUGAAAAUUCGAUUCAAUUCAAUUCGAUUUAUUUCUAUAGCGCUUUUAACAUUUUCCCAUUGUCUCAAAGCAGCUUUACAGAAGUAUGGAAACAGAAUAGAGAGAAAAAGAAAUACAUAUAUAAUAAUAAUAAUCAUAAGAAGAAUAAGAAAUAAGGAUAAAAAUAAAUAAAUUAAUGUAUAAAAUUAAAGUUUAAAAUUAAUUAAAAAAAAGAUUUACUUAAAAUACUAUAUAUCCACCGGGCGAUGAGACUCCAGCCAGUGGUAGAAGAUCAGGAUUGACAAAAUGAAAGUUUAUUUUAUGUAUUUUCAUUUAAAACAUUAACAUAUUUCAGAUCGUUAGCACAGAGUUUGCAAAAACACAAAAUGCAAUUAACUAGCAUGCAUGCUACCAGCACAACAACUUAUUACUGACUCACUUCCUUUUUUUAAUCUAGAAUCUAAAAGUUUUAUCUGUAAUUUGGGUUAAACGUUUGGACUGAACUGUUUUAAUCUACAUUGUCAUUAUCAUCCAAAAUAAACAGAAGAAUAAAAGAACUCGCUUUUCUUUAUCUCAUAGUCUUUGGAAGAAAAAAAAAAAAACAAUGCAAUUUCCUCUUCUGGAUUAUUCUGAAGGUGUGUUAAUGUUUUUCUUUUCAUAAUCUAUGAUGUACAAAUUGUGGAAAAGGAUAAACAAAUUUGUCUGAAGAAAUCUAAACCUUAACAUAAAAAUAUGAAUUUUAAAAUAAUUGUAGUGAUUAGUUCAUAGCAUUAGAGAAGACGCUGAAGAUCAUUAGCAUCAGGAAGACGCUGUAUUCUGUACCUGAAUUUGCACGUCUUCGUAAACAACCACAAUCUGAUCGGAUUCAUGUAUUUUUUUUAAAUCAUAAUUAUUCAUGCUAAAACACUUUACAUUUUUUUGAAUUUGUUCUUGGAUUUUUUUUCUUUUGUAGUUCAUGCUUCAAUAUUUCUCACAGAUUAAGGCGUUUACUUAUUUUCUUUUUUAAAAUAUCUAUAAUGUAUAAGAUCUAGAAAACAUGCACUGGUUAUUUGUAAACAGCUUUUUUCAUAAAAAAAAAAUUGGAAAAGUCAGAGUUUGAAUUGUUCAUGCUCUUUAUUUGGAGAGUCGCUGUGCAAAAAUCACAUUUAACCAAAAAUUCAACAAUGUGACAAACAUUUGUCUCUUAAUUUUGUAAAAAAAAUAAAAUGAAUAGAAAUAAAUAAAAAAAAAUAGCUUGCUGGUGCACAGUGGAGCAUGAAAUACAAUUAUUGGACAUAAAUGAAGAAAAAUGGGGGAAAAAAGGAAUAAAGUCUCUCCCAGAAUACAAAAAAUAAAGAUGAGUUUGAUUCACAAAAAAAUAAAUAAUCUCUUCAUUUUUCAGUCUCUUCCAUUUU